AUGGCUGAUGAAUCUUCGUUCGGGUUCCUAGAUCCUAAUGAUGUCGUUCGGGCAUGUCACAUCAUUCCAGUGUUUUCGCUUGGGGUACGGUAUCCUGACAGCCAGGGUCUCUCGGUCUGCGCCCGAGAUUCUACAGACUUUUGCCAAUAUUAUAUUGGCCGAUUUGCAGAUCGGGAUAUGUUGAUGCGCUAUCAUGUUGGCCUCGGAAUUGGCCAUGUUGGCAGUAACAAUGGGGUCCUCCAUUCACAUGUCAUUGGGAGCGAGGCUGGCCAUAACUCAAACUUAGAGGUUGUUGAGAACAUGGACCAUCAACCUCACAGUCUGGAGUCGGGUGAUGAAGUUGAAGUCGAGGACCAGCUGGCAAAUUCUGACCAUCAUGAUGACUCUUCAAACAAUGAUUCGGAGGAUGAUCUUGACGAUGGGUAUGGAUCAGAUGAUGAUUAUGAUACGUCUCAUGCUAGGGACUCAGACCCCGGUUCAGAAUCUUUUGGCUCUGAGUCAGAGUAUGAUGACUAG